GAAAAAAUAUACCUCUAAAAAGCCUAAUUCUACACCUAUGCAAAGUGCUAGAGAAAUCCAGGUGUUUUGAAACCUGUGUGUUUUAGUCUAUAGACAACAAAAAUUACUCUGCACUUUCUGUUUCCCCAUAAUUGUGUUGCUAGUUAUUAUAAAUGUUGGGGAGGAAAAUUAGAUACAAAUUGAAACAUACAUUUGCUGUUGGGAGAUUAAUUAUCUGACCAAUCUCGUUCUGUUCAUUUCAUUUUGUACAAUAAGGAGGAAAAGAAUAUCUAAGGCUCUGAAGGCAAAUGGACGAGGACAGAGAAGGUGGGGUUUCUACUGUUAAAAAGUAGGAGAUAAUGAUUUACUUGGUAAGUUAAACUUGAAAACAGAGCAGCAGUCCUUUACUGCAGGAAUUUCUUGAUGCAUCCAGUAGAUGGCAUAAAUAAUCUAACAAGAGGCUGAAGCACCAUUCAAAAUCAGCAAGAGAAUAGAAGGGAAUGAUGUAGGGUGAGGGAGGAGUGGGGAGGGCUGACCGGAGGGAUAGGAAUGGGAGGGAGGGGGAGAUGCUUGGUGUGUGAAUGGAGUGAGGACAGAAGGAUUUGGCAGUAGCAGUUUUGGGGCUUGGUAUCUGUGGCACUGCCAGAAGUAUUGCUAUCAGUGAUUUGGGCUUAUCAUUAUUUAUGAUACCUGUUGUGUGCUGACAAUCUGUCUGCCUCAGGACCAGCUUGUUCUCUGGCCUUCAGGAUGUCCUGACUGGUCACUUUCCUGGGACUCAGGAGUUGUCUCCUCCUGGGUUUCAGACCAUGAAUGCUGACAGUGAUACUGCACUGAACCGGAGCCUGCUCUUUACACCUUGGCUGAGAGAACCACGGUAUUGUCCCUCAAGCAAAAGAAACAGAACCAUAAUUGUGGAACAAAACACAUACCCCAUGGCAUGGAGCUGAGAGGUGCCCCAGGACUGGGCAGACAAAGAAAGUGACAGUUCCACAGGAAAAGCUGCCUGCAUAAGGCUUUAAAAACUGUCUCAUCUUUACUACACACUUUUUUCAGGAUACAGUCAAGGACAUGGGACAAGGGUGUCUGGUGUAAGUGGAGCAUAAAACUUGGACCCCGAGUAUGGGGCCUCUGGUCCCACUGCUUCUGGGGGCCCUGAUUUGGGUCUGUGUAUGGACGGAUGACCCCAGUAAAGUGAUAUCAGAUCGAUAUGCAGUAUAUUGGAACAAGAGUAACCCCAGGUUCCAUCAUGGUGACUACACUGUGGAUGUGAGUAUCAAUGAUUAUCUGGACAUUUACUGCCCCCACUAUGAAGUUCCUUUCCCAGCAGACAGGAUGGAGCGUUACAUACUUUAUAUGGUCAAUUUUGAUGGACAUGCCUCCUGUGACCACCGUCAAAAGGGAUUCAAGCGAUGGGAGUGCAACCGGCCUGAGUCCCCAAAUGGACCAUUGAAGUUUUCAGAGAAAUUUCAGCUGUUUACACCUUUCUCUCUGGGGUUUGAGUUUCGUCCUGGCCAUGAGUAUUAUUAUAUCUCAUCAACUCCUCCAAACAUGGUGGAUAGACCCUGCCUCAGGCUUAAAGUUUACGUACGUCCAACAAAUGAUUCUCUCUAUGAGUCUCCAGAGCCUAUCUUCACCAGCAAUAAUUCGGGCCUAAACCUCAGGGUUCCUCACCCCAGCCUUGGAUUUCUCCUGUUUUGGACUAUCAUUGUCUUGUAGCUGUUGGGUCACAUAUGACCACGAUAUCAACCUAGACUAGAAGGGAAAAGAAGAUGCAAUGAAGAGACUCCCUUUGAAGAUAUUAAUUCAGUGCAAGAGGACUCAGAUUAUGAACAUCUAAUCCUGUACAGGAUGAUCAAUCUGCAUUUCUGCUACCAUUGAUGUAAGAGCAAGCACGAUGGUUAAAUUAAGGCCCCUGGUUCAAGUGGGGUGUGCUGGAAUUUAGAAAAUUCCAGCAACUGGCUUUUUACAUUUUUCCAGAUACCAAAUGUAUAGUCUUUUUAUUUUGUAUUUUUAUUGCUUUUCCCGCACUUGACCCAGUAGAACAAGAUAAUUGUAACGUUUUUUUUUCUUACAGCCUAUAAAAUGCGUUCCAGCUUUUUCCAUUUACACGUGACACUUUUAUCCUUUCUGUAAUAUUACUUUACACUUUCCCCUGCAAAAUGCUUUGCACUCCUGUGGAAUGGGAUGUGGCGCUGGGAUUAACAGAUAGAGAAAACAAGAUCAGUAUUUUUAUAUAUGAUCCUCUGUGAGCAAUUUUGAGUCCAUUGUUUUGGACAGUUGGUCAGCAAAAUCAGGCAUUUAAAGAUCUGAAAUAUAUUUUCCCUUGUAGCAUUUCAUUUGUCAUCUUGGUCUACUACUGCUAAAUAAUUAAUAACUAUCACUACAGUGUAUCAAUUUAUUAAGCUCUUAAUCAAUGAAACAUACCAUGUAAAGAAUAUUGAUUCCAAGUUCAGAUUCUCUUUUUUUUCUCCCUACAAAGUAUUCGUUCUUAGGAUCCUGUACAAAUUUCCUGAGAUAUUGACAAGAGUAUAGUCAUUUAGAAUGCAAAAGGCGUUUUUAUAUUCACUAUAGGUAUUCUGAGCAAAGAGGAAGCAUACAUUUCUGGAAUGCUGUAAUGGUCCAUUGUAACAGAGGUUGUUCUGCAUAUUAUUAAUUCAUUCUCUGUCAGAUGGGUGUGGGAAUAUAUGAACUGGAAAGUUCAGAAAUGCAGUCUGUGAGCCAUUAUACCUGAUUUUUGUUUUUUAUUAAAAAACAAAAAAAAUACAUGAAACAAUAUUUUUUUCUUGUUCUUUUAGAUUUCAAUAAGACUCUAAUAUGCUGGAUAACUUGUGGGCGUCUAGAAGAAACAGAAUGCAUUAGUGCCAAUUUCAUAGAUGUUCCAAAAAAAAAAAAAAAAAUCCUCCAAAGGUGCUGCAAAAAUAUGAAAGUAACUGCCUAUGAAUGUAUUAAAUAAAAAGGCAAAUGUGUCAUAGGCCUCUGUACUUGUACUCAUUGUUUACCAGUUUUGCUCAUCAGUAACUGUGACUGUCAGCUCAGUGUCAUUUCUGGUGCCUCUCCUUUGGGGCUGGUUUCACUCAUUCAAUCAAUCAUUUCUGACUUGCACUUCAGCUCUCUAUGCUGCAUUGACCACUUGAGUCUAUGAAUCAAUCACAAUCUGAACCAGAGAUAGUGAUCUAGUAUGCUUCAGACUGUUGCUGAAGUACACUUCCCAGCAACCCCAGAGAACCAAAAUCUGUAGGAAGGGUUUCUGGGUACUGAAGUCCAACAACAGCUGGAGGUUUACAGGUGGGUAAUCCUUGAUCUCCACUAUUUACCAGAGCUCCAGUGGCCAAUACAGACUGGCAGUUUGCCUGUUAUAAUCUACUUAUGUGGUUCUCGUCUCUCACUGCUGAUUAUCUGCCUGCAAUAGGGGCAAGUCCCAGACAUUUCAUCCAUGUGUGUAAAUAGAGCCAGCAGAUAAACUGUGAUUUUCUAUGUAUUGCAGACAAUGAAUUUUAUGGAAGUUGUAUGAUUUAUAGACUAGGAAGCAAAAUCUUGCAAUAAAAUACAUUUUAUCCAU